AAUCGAUACUAUUUCGAUGUUUCAAAUGGAGUUAGAAAAAGCACGUUAGCUGGAUUGGAGAAUAUAUUAUUUCCUACCUUCAUUCCUUAAAUUUUUAUAAACGUACACAAAACUGUUUUCCUUUUAGAUGGAGUCACAGGCGACCACUAGCAAUGGGAAAGCUUCAGAAGAAGUGAAGUACGGUUCUGUAAAUAAAAAUUCGAAUAUGAAUGAAAAACUAGAUCCGUCUGAUUGGGGUUAUGAUUUGUACCCAGAAAGAAGAGGUGAAAAAUUUAAGCCAAGUUGGCUUGGAAUGAUGUUUACUGAAGAGGGCAAAGUCGGUAUUCACAAGAUAAAAUGUGAACGUAAUGUUUAUAAGUGUGUAAAAAAUAGUCCAUUGGUGAAACUGAUGAUGAAAGCUUUGAAAAGUUCAGGUUGCGAGGUGGACAUUCGGAGACACAUCUCGUGCGAGGUGUGUGAUCCAUCGGUCAGCGGAGGCUACGACGCCAUCUUGAACCAGAUAGUGGUGUGCCAGAACGUGGCACGCUCGGAAGGCAUGGUGCAGGGCGUGCUAACUCACGAGUUGAUCCACAUGUUCGACUACUGCCGCAACCAGGUGGACUUCAAGAAUGUCGACCACCUAGCGUGCACAGAGAUCAGGGCUGCCAACCUAGCCCACUGCAGUUUCCUGAGUGCCUGCACGCAGGGUGACGCUUCCUUCAUCAACAUCCGCCAGCGACACCAGGCGUGCGUGAAGACGAAGGCCGCGCUGUCGGUGAUGGCGGUGCGCAAGGUGACUGAGGAGGAGGCACGGGCGGCCGUGGACCGGGUGUUUCCGCGCUGCUACGACGACCUGGAGCCCAUCGGCCGCCGCAUCCGCCGCAACUCCCUGGAUAUGCACCAGGCCUACCUCGAGAGCUCACUGCACGGCUACGACUGACACGCCUCGCGCUCGCGCAGGCAGUCGCGUGCUCCUGGGAGAUGCGGGCGUGUGCAGUGGGUUGUGUGGCUGGGCCAGGUGUGUCGUGUCGGGAGUUUGAACAGUGGUUUGUGUGUGUUUGUUUACAAGUGGUAGUAGUCAGAAAGUACACAUAGUAUUUAGUUGCCCAAACAAAGGCCACUCUCGAUUCUGACCCAGCUUCUUACCUUCAUGUUUCUCACACACACUAUGUACAGCUUGAUGUAAAAUAUUACCUAAGUGACUAGUAUUUAAAGUUUUGUUGAAAUAAAUAAUUGUACACAGUAAGAAAACAAAAAUAAAAUUAAAAAUUUUCUGAAAACGAGAUGGAUGAUUACUUAACUUUAUGCUACCAUUUUUUAACCCAGAUAUGCUUCUGUUAAAAUUAAUUUACAGUAUUAAUUUGUCUAAUACAUUAAAAUAAACAUGUGAAUUACAUUUGGAGAAUAAACAUCAUAUAAUUAAUUUACAAGCAUGCUUAUAAAACAGGUCUAGGGAAUGAAAUUUCCUUCCUAAGUAGUUGCUAACUACAUUUCUGAGUUAUAAAAUAAUUAAGUUAUUAUGUAAUAUCGAAGAUAUGCUUCAAUUCUUAUAAAAUUAAUAAAGCAUAAACUUAACUAGAAAAAUAUUUAAUUUGUUAAGUAAUUCUUGUUUAAGUUGUUUAUUAAAUGAAGGACUGCCAUGAACCACUAACCACGUGACACCAGCGCAGCGUAGUUGGCGCGAGGGCAAUCAGCCAGGAGAGCCACUGCUGACUGCGGAAGGACGUAAUGUAAAAACUGGAUGGACACUGGGGUUGAUGUUUCUGCAUAGUAUAACCCACUUUGCUGUGUUAAAAGAGCUAAAGUAUUAGACAGUGAAGGAAGUGAAUAGCUUUCAAGGAAAAGGAAAACUAUUGUUUGUUGAUUCAUCAUUUACUUCUUUUUCGUGUUUCUUAAUCAUUUGUGUAACGUCCAGUGGGCUGGUCCUAGCUUGUGUUACAUAUUAAUAAAUGUUUUUACUAAAUGUC